GCAGUCGGGCAGGGACCGCCGUCUCCCCUCCUGCGCGACGCGCGGCUGAGCCUCCGGGCGGGGUCCAGUGGGGGCGCCCCCUCGGCCGCCUUCACCGACCUUCGCCCUCCAGCAGCCCCCUUCCCCGCAUCCAUUGACCACAUGAGGUUUUUCAGGUUGACCUUCAAGUGCUUCGUGGAUUGUUUCUGAGUCCCCGUGCCGCCGCCGCCGCCGCAGAAACCCCCGAGUCGAGUCCCUGCCCCAGCGAGUUCCUCCCCUUCCACAGACCCCCGGCUCCACCUCGUCCCUCUCGCCCCUUCCAAGCGGGGGCUCUCCGCGGACUCAGCGCGCCCCUGCCUUCUUCCUGCCCCCGCUGUCCAGCAUCGGCCCGAUCUUCCUGGAGUGGGGCGGCCGGGACUCGGGGGUCUCCCCCGGCGUCAUGGCCAAGGGGGCCUCGUCGGAGAGCAGCGCUUGUGGCGGCAUUUACAGCGUCUCCGUGGAACAGCAAGACAAAAAGACGGGGAGCCUCAUCGCCGCCAUGUGCCAGCAGAGAGCCCCCGCCGCGGGCAAAGGGGAGGCCGCCGACCCCUCCGGGCCGGCCCUGGGCUUGCUGGCCCCCGAAAGGGAGACCUGGACCCGGCAGAUGGAUUUUAUCAUGUCCUGCGUGGGCUUCGCUGUGGGACUUGGCAACGUGUGGCGUUUUCCCUACCUUUGCUACAAGAACGGGGGAGGUGUUUUCCUCAUCCCUUACCUUCUUAUUGCCAUCCUUGGUGGGAUUCCCAUCUUCUUCCUGGAAAUUUCCUUGGGGCAGUUCAUGAAAGCCGGGAGCAUCAAUGUAUGGAACGUUGCACCACUUUUCAAAGGACUGGGAUUUGCCUCCAUGGUGAUUGUCUUCUAUUGCAACACCUACUACAUCAUGGUGCUUGCCUGGGCUUUCUAUUACCUGGUGAAGUCUUUCACAGCCACUCUGCCCUGGUCGACCUGCCAGAACCCCUGGAAUUCCCUUGAGUGCGUAGAAAUCUUCCGGCAUGAAGAUUGUGCCAAUGGCACCAGCAGCAGCAACCUUACCUGUGACGAACUCUCUGACAAGAGGUCCCCUGUCAUCGAGUUCUGGGAGAACAAGGUGCUGCAUCUGUCAAAAGGCUUGGAGUUCCCCGGGUCUAUCAACUGGGAGGUGACACUUUGCCUCCUGGCCUGCUGGGUCCUUGUCUACUUCUGUGUCUGGAAGGGUGUCAAGUCCACAGGAAAGAUUGUCUACUUCACUGCUACAUUCCCUUAUGUGGUGCUCAUUAUACUGCUUAUUCAAGGAGUUAUGCUGCCUGGUGCUCAGGAUGGGAUAAUCUACUAUCUCAAGCCCGAUUGGUCCAAACUGGCCUCCCCUCAGGUGUGGAUCGAUGCUGGGACCCAAAUCUUUUUCUCGUAUGCCAUAGGACUGGGGGCACUCACUGCCCUGGGCAGCUAUAACCGAUUCAACAACAAUUGCUAUAAAGAUGCCAUCAUCCUGGCACUGAUCAAUAGUGGGACCAGCUUUUUCUCCGGCUUUGUGGUCUUCUCCAUCUUGGGCUUCAUGGCAGCAGAACAGGGAGUUGACAUCUCCAAGGUGGCCGAAUCUGGUCCUGGGCUGGCGUUUAUUGCAUACCCACGAGCCGUCACCCUGAUGCCCAUUGCACCACUCUGGGCGGCCCUCUUUUUCUUCAUGCUGCUGCUCCUGGGCUUGGAUAGCCAGUUCGUGGGCGUUGAAGGCUUUAUCACUGGCAUCCUGGAUUUCUUCCCAGCUGCCUACACUUUCCGAUUCCAGAGAGAGGUCACCGUGGCCGUCUGCUGUGUUGUCUCCUUCUUCAUCGAGCUGUCCAUGGUGACUGAGGGGGGCAUGUAUGUUUUCCAGCUCUUUGAUUACUAUUCGGCAAGUGGCACGACACUUCUGUGGCAGGCCUUCUGGGAGUGCAUUGUGAUAGCCUGGGUUUACGGCGCAGACCGUUUCAUGGACGACAUCGCCUGCAUGAUCGGCUACCGGCCCUUCCCGUGGAUGAAGUGGUGCUGGAUGUUCCUGACUCCUCUCAUCUGCAUGGGCAUCUUUCUCUUCAAUGUUGCCUACUACAAGCCACUGAUCUACAACAACACCUACAUCUACCCCUGGUGGGGAGAAGCCAUUGGCUGGGGCUUUGCACUGUCCUCCAUGCUGUGCGUCCCUCUCACUGCCCUCUACAAAUUCAUCCGUGCCAAGGGAACGCUGGCUGAGCGUUGGCACCGCCUCACCCAGCCCAUCUGGGGGCUGCACCAUCUGGAAUACAAGGUCCCCGAAACAGAGGUCGGUGCUCUGACUGGCCUGACCCCCAUCUCAGACGGGAGCACCAAAAUUGUCAUCUUGGAAAGUGUCAUGUGACCAAUGCUCACCCAAUGUACCCCUCCCCCCCCCGCAAAAGAGGCACCUUUUCUCUGUGCCACUCAACCCCUGGCUGCUCGUGUGUGGGGGGAAUGCAAUCCACCUGCCCUAUGCUGAGUUGGGGGCGGUGCUCCCCAAACAUUGGGAAAAGGCAUUACUGAUUCUUUAUCCACUUUCCACCUUCCCCUUCAGAGCCCAGCAUGCAGCCUGGCUAAGGGAAGGGAUGAUGAGCCCUCAGGCCUCUGAGUGGAAGGUGGGAAGUUCUAAAGACCAUGAGGGUGGUGGGAGGGAAGGGGGGAAAAGAGAGCCUUAGAUUUACAUUUUUUAAAAGAAAAGUUAUUUUUUAAAGAUAAAAUAUUUUAAAUUUCUAUAUAUAUAUAUACAUGAUAUAAAUAUAUAUAUAUAUUUAGCCAAAUGCACAGGAGGCAGGCUUCCCUUAGAGGCUUUGGGGUUCUGAAGACCAGGAGAUUGAUCUCCUGUUCUCUUGGAUCAGAACUACUUGGAGACGGGCACCUGGUUUCCAUCUCUGGCUCUGUGAGGGAAGCAGAGUGUAGUGGAUAGAAAAAUCAGGAGGGGGUAAAGGUGUGCCGGGAACCAGGCCUCCUGGGUGCUGCCCAGGUUUGCGGAGAAGACUGGGGCUCUGUUCUUGGCCUCUUCCCUGUUGUGUUGAGAUGGCAAACUCCAAUGGCAAACUGCCUUGAACACCCUGGAGUAGCCCUGCUCUCCUGCUGCAUUGCAAAGCAGCUGAAAUGAGCUGCUACCCUUGCUGGCCCACUUAACCAGCCAAUCACAGUGUUACCGGAAGCUCUUCCCCCAGUGACAGAAUUUGGAAAGCAGCCACACCACAAGGCCUUUCCUUGGCUGAAGUUUGUAAUAACAUGGGGUGGGGUUAUUUUCUUACCUCUCCCUACCCUUGUGUCAAAGCCAGGGAUGUAGAGCCUGUUCUCAGUGUUACUGGAGUCUGACCCAUAAGUAGACCCAGCUAUAAACUGUCCCAUGGUACCUUUAGCCAGGGCUAUGCUUUGCAAGAAAACACUUAUGUUGGAAACACCCCCAAGUUUCAGUCUAUUAUGAAGUCACAGAAAUGGUUUUAUUUGGGAAUAGAAAGGAUGAAGCAAGACCAAGUGAGCGUAUGCCCAUGUGCUGCCUCUUCCAAACACUCUCGAAAUAUAUUGCGUUCUGCAGGCCCCUGCACCAAACUCCCUCACUUAGUGCAUUAAUGCAUCCUAUUAUUCGGACAAGGGAGAUCAACACAAAAAAGGGAGGCAUUGUCCCUGAGUCAAUUCAUUUGUGGCACAGUGAGUUGCACACCUAAGAACACCCGGUGUGAACGUGACUGGUACUUACAAGCAUGCGUGCAGUACAAAGAAACUGCUAAGGACCCUGGGAUCUGCGCCAUUUCAUGUCAUGCAUGAAAUGACCCUCGCGGGGGAGUCCUGUGCACUCAUUGGCAUCACGCCCAAUGCUGGCAGCCCAUCCAUGUCAGUGCCCGUCCACCCACAUAGCAGGUUGCAGGAACUGCGGGGCUGUCCCUGGGAGGUGUGUGUGGAGAGAAGGUCCUUCGUGGACAGCCUUUCAUUUGUCCCACUCCUCUUCUCAGUUGUGAGCAUCACUAUCGGGCAAGGAUCACAAGCAAGAGCCUUGCUGCUGUAUCCUAGGGUGCUUUUUUGCCUUUGAGAGAUAGGCAGCCAUAAGACAUGCCACUGGGCUGCCUGGGGAACCUGCGGCGAGCAAGAUGCCGAAGUCCACUCCGAAAGAGAGUUAAUAAUACAUUCUGAAUAUUAGCUACUGCUUAUGUCAUGGAUUGGGCCAUGCUGGUGGGAUUGGGAAGAGGGAGAGGGAGGUGGAUGGAAUAUUCCUUUAACAGAGCUGAAGAGAGAACUCAGGUGUCUUGUUGUCUCUAGGCAAGGUUAUAUCCCAACCUCUUUACUUGCCUGACUGAAUCUUACCUGUCUCCUGCCUUUAGAUCAGGGAUGGGAAAAACCCAGGUCCCUCUUGAUGCUGUGGGGGGACAGCUCCCAUUAUUCCUGGCCUUGCUGAGGAGAACUGAUGGGGGUUGUACAUCAGUAACAAAUGGAGGGCCCCACCUUUCCCACCCUGCUCUGCAUGAAGUAGCUAGAGCCCCUCCUAAAAAGUCUUUGCUAUGCUUUUCAUUUGCACUUUUUCUGAGAGAGAAAAGACUGUGUGUGUGUGUGUGUGUGUGUGUGCAUAUAUAUGUCUAUAUGUGUACACAUAUAUAUGUACACACACACACACAUAUCUACAACAAACUGCAGAAAGUAAUCUAUUUUUAAAGGAAGCACUUAGGGAAAAGAUACCUAAUUUUCUUAAUAUUUCUGUAGGUUAGACAAAGAAAGAAUGAGAGAGAGAGAGAGAGAGAGAGAGAGAGAUCACAGAAUUUUAUUUUGUGACAAAAGUUAUAAAUAUUCUGUCUAUAUUUGUUUCAUAAAUAUAUAUAUUUAUAUAUAUAUAUAUAUAUUUGCGUGUGUGUGGGUAUGAGAGAGAAAGUAAAUUACAUAACAAGCCAACCUCAUGAUACAGGAAACAGGGGUGUUUGGAGAUGGGAGGGGGUAGUGGUGAGGGGGAUCAUGCCAGUGCAGCAAGUACCUGAUGAUGGAGGAGAAAUGGACAGGACUAGGGAGGAAGUCACACUCUGUCCACACUGGCCAAAAUUCGUGUGCUGCAUAAAGCUUGCUCUGGCUACACUGAACAUUGUCUUCUGGUGCUUUCAGGGCUUUUUAUCAUGUUUUUACUGCUACUUUGCAAAUAAGGUACCAGUCAAGAGCUGCAUCAGGCAUGACAAUUCCUGCACCAAAAGCUAAGCGGAGCCUUUCUGUUCUGGUGCACAUGACCUGCUGGCUCCCGGUUGCCGGGGCAGGCAGGCGCUUUCUUGGGCCCUCAAAGCCACCUGGGCUGGUUUCUCCUAUAAACAGAACAUUGGAUUGGAUUGGACCUAUAGUCCAGUCAGGCAGGACAUUUGACUCCUAGCAGCCAUGGCCAUGCUGGCUGGGGAUAAUGGGAGUUGCAGUCCUGCCCUUCAGGAGGCACCAGGUCAGAGAAGCCUGCUUUAAACAGCUGGCAUUUACUUUCCAGUGGGAAAUAGCAUUGUCUUUGUGUUCCAUUUGCUGAGUUCAUAGCUGAAUACAUCCUGCAGACUUCGGUUAAGUACGAUGUGCUACAUGCAAGUUGCAUGCUAUUUCCUGCCUAAGAUCUGUUGGAGAUUGUCAUGUCUGAACUCUCACGCUAAUGCAUUCUGGCACUUUUUUGGGCAAACAGUUUGGAAUCUCCUCCUCCCCUUCCUCCCCUACCUUUAUAAAUUAAUUUGUUGUUUAAAUUUCAGCUGAUUAUGGAAUUCUUAAUUGGUUAAUCACCUGCCUUUUGACCAAUUCAAUUUAAAUAUAUUUGCUUGUUACCAUAUAUGCAAAUAUAUUUGCGUAUUGGUGCCUUUUUAGGUUUUUUUUACACUCUAUAAGGGCAAGAUUUGUGACUUGCUAUUAGAAUGAAAGACCAUGUUUGAAUCCUUUCUCUAUGAUUUCCUUUACGGUAGUAGAAUAUCAGAGUUAAAAGAGCAACAAAAUAUGAUCUUUAUUUUCAGCCCUAGCUAAUCAGAUAUUCCCCAGUGACUAUGAUUAAGCUUUGCAGCCUUAUUAUCCCUGAUCACUCAAGAUCCUUCCCUAACAAGACCCCCUUUCAUCUUUUCACACACAUUUCCUUUCAGUAUUCCUAAAGAUGUUUUUCAUGUGUGCACACUCUGCAGUUUGAGCAAUGUAUGAGUGGCUUGCAGAGAUGAUGUACAAACCACUCCUACCUCCAAAACGGAAAUAACAUCUCCCCUCUUCCCAUCCACCAGCAAGUAAGGGGAGAGGUGGCCCUUCCAUAUGUGAACUGGCCACAACACACAAAACAUACAGGAAACAGUUCACCUAGAAGGUGAACAUGAAGGGUCUCUGGAGGCUUAUGAGCCUCAAAGGUGGAUAUAGGUUUGGAGCAGAACUGGUCGGAUUUGCUUGGGCAUUUGCGGGGAAUCAUUUGGAUACUUUCCCCAAAUACAUGCAACUGACAUGCUGGUUGGUAUUUUGGCUCCCCCAGAAGCAUCCGCUGCAGUCCUUGUAUCCACAGUGCUGCUCUCUCCCAUGUCACGAGUUGUGCUGGGUGCUUUGGGUUGCCCUGUAGAAACUAACCUUGGCUGAGCCGUUCUUUUGCCACCAAAAACAUGGGGCUUGUGGCCUACAAUUCCCAUCAGCCCUAACCAGCAUAGCCAGUGAUGAAGGGUAUGGGAAUUGUAGGCAAAAACUUCUGCAGGACCACACAUUGCCCAGUCCAGGAAAGAUGUUUCUAAUGGAGGGUGGGGGGAAACAGUCAUUCCUGAUCUACUUGCUCUAGGCCUGGUUGUGCAGUGGUUGGGGUUACAGCCACUCUGAUUCAGAGAGAUUUCAUCUGUGCUGAUUUCAGUCCUGUUUUUGUUGCAUUUUCAGAAGGGAUGGGGCAGUCUCUUUUUUCAGAUGGAUGAGCAAUCAGAUUGUAGGUCUGUACAAUUGAGACCAUUUACUGGAUUUUGGUUACAGCUGAGCUUUUCACUUGGCCUUGAAGCUACUUUCUGUAUGCUCUGUGCCUCCCCACUGCCCGCCCAACUUCAUAAUGGCUGUUGUCUUUCCUCUUCCCCAGUUCUGCCCCCUCCAUAAUCUUGCCCGUCCUGUUUAACUCCUGAUACAGCUCCUGCAGUGUCACCCCACCAGUGUCCUAGGACUAAGGCAGAGAUGAAACUCAACAAUUCAAAUGUUGUUUCUUUUCCCAAGGACAUUAGCCAAUUUCAUCGCUAGCCAAAAUGAAGCCAUCAAUUUCUUGUCUCUUCCAGACCAAAGCAAAUGCCUAAGAGAUUAUAAAUGUAACUGCCUUGCUCAUAGAAUGAUAGGAGGGGGAUUUACAAGCCUGUGUCUUUUUACUUUCUGAACUAUUGGACAAAUGUAUUUUUGCACUUCUUCAUGCUUUCUUUACUAAUGCACAGACCAGAGUCAGGGCAACUUGUAGCCAAGAAGACAGUAUUUUCAGCUCUUGAAUGCCUAGAGAAAUAAUUGACAUGGGGUUGAACAGCCUUCCCCCGACCUGGCACCUUUGAGAGGUAUUCGACUACAACUCCUAAAUAUCCCCCAAUUAUCAUUGUUAACUGGGAGGAUUAUGGGAGUUCUUGACAUUGCAUCUGGAGGGCACCAGGUAGGAGAAGGCUGGUGUUAAAUUUGCAAGUGAAGUUUUCUUAACAAAUGCUGCUUCAGGUGUAAAGUAGCAACUCUGCUCUAUAAAACUGAGAAUUCUGAUCUAUUCCACCAAUUCCACAAGAACUCUGCGAGUUACCUCCACUACACACACACACACACAAUUGGGCCCCAAAUAAAAAUUUUCCAGGUAGUACCUUUGAAAUGGCCCCAGCUCUGUGAAAGAGGCAGAGUGUGCCCUCCAUCCAAUGGAACGGCAAAUGGCUAUUGGAUGUCUCCUUUGCUCAGAUCCUGGUUUUCACAGGGCAACUAAAUUUAUCUUAACUCAGGCACACUCAUCCCUGCAUUGCUAGAACCGUGGGAGAAUCUACAUGUUGUCUUCCAGGGUUUCAGCUUUAAAUCCAUCAGUGUUGUCUCAAUGCUGAGUAUUGUGUCAAUCCAUCCUCACCCUUUCACGUCUUAUCUCUCAAAUUCUGCCCAGUGCAGGUUCUGUACCACCUGUGAUUUUUUGUUUCAUUUUUUUGACUUUAUCAUGGAACAUAGCAAUAAAAAGGAGUCACCCUGACCUUCAAUUCA